AUAAUAAUAACGCCAUAUUUUUUAUGAAACCUAUUUUUUUGACAAUUAAAUAAAUUAGUUGUGAAAUGCGUUAUCUAAAAAAUGUAGACAUUUUUUCUGUACUAACUGUUCUGUUUGUUUUGAUGCCAUCGAUGAUGAUGGCCAGUAUGGACAGCGGCUCCGGUACCCGUUUGUGGAACUUUUUUCGUAAGGCAUCGUUGAAUUUUGUUAGAAAUAAUUUCAAUCUGGACAUGACAUUUCCCAAUACUAAAUGGUGUGGCCCAGGCAAUACUGCCCGAUCCUAUCACGAUCUGGGUGAGGACAGGGAGACCGAUAAGUGCUGCCGAGAGCACGAUCACUGCGAUAUCAAUGUCGAUGCACUGGACACUGGUUGCGGCGGUGUAGCCAAUAACGGACUGUUCACAAUAAGUGGUUGUCAUUGCGAUCGUAAGUUUCGCGACUGUCUGUCCCGAGUAAAGCCCAUGGAGUCGCCGGCAGCCAUUGCCAUAUUGCACCUGUAUACUAGAUUUGUACCAAGGUGCAUACUAGUUCAUCAUGAUAAAUCAAAAUGUACUAUUGUUAAUAGAAGUUUCUGAUUGGUCAUAAUUGUACUACUAGUAGUGUAUUAUAUGUUAUUUAUUUUUUAAUUAAUUUAUUGUUUUUUUUAAUUAUGAAAUUAUU